AUGGCCAACCGAAGUGACGGCAACGUUCAUGCCCUGGAGUUCCGCGAGGCUAAGCCCUCGCAGGGAGAUGCAUCACGACCUAUAUCAGACCUUUUCCGUCUUGACAAGCGCACCAUCAUUAUCACCGGCGCGAAUGGAUUCUUGGGCACCACGCUUGCAAUCGCGAUUAUGGAGAGCGGUGCUGACGUUGUUUGCCUGGACCUCGCUCCCAAGCCUACUGCCACAAACUGGGGCGAUGUAGAAAAUGCCGCCGUCAAGAACUGCAGUCAGCUCACCUACUAUCCGCUCGAUAUAACUAACGAUAAGGCCAUCACUGAGACGUACGCCAAAUUCAUCCCUACCCUGCGCUAUCCAGUUAAGGGAUUGCUUGCUUGCGCCGGGCUUUCUCUGAAUGGACCAUCGACUGAAUUCCCUGCCUCUGGAUUCCGCAAGAUGAUGGAUAUUAACGUUACUGGAACGUUCGCUAUUGCCCAGGCAACCGCUAGAGAGUUCGUGAGGACCAAUACCUCUGGAAGUAUGGUUCUAGUCGCAAGCAUGAGUGGAUACGGUGCCAAUAGGGGUGUGGAUACUGCUGGUUACAAUUCGUCUAAGGCAGCCGUCCACCAACUAACGCGUUCCUUGGCCGCUGAAUGGGGCUCCCGAGUAGGAAUUCCCCUUAUUCGUGUCAACUCACUCUCUCCCGGCUAUAUUCGCACUGCAGCUACCGCGGAGGCGCUUCAAAAGCCCGGAAUGGAGAAUCAGUGGACGGGUGAUAAUAUGCUAUUCCGACUAAGCACUGUGGAUGAGUAUCGUGGCCCCGUGCUCUAUAUGUUGGGCGAUGGUAGUAGCUUUAUGACAGGUGCCGAUUUACGCGUGGAUGGUGGACACUGUGCCUGGUAA